ACACACGAGAACUCAUCUCGCGUUGUUUGGGUACCUCAGUGAUCUCCGCUUCAACACCACCAACCACCCGCGUACGUUCAAAACAGCUUGUUUGGGAGAAACCUGGUAGAACUUCGGUAGAAAUGGCGGCGAUAGAAAAUGUGUUAAAACACCGACAGAAAAUGGUUAACACAACGUUUGAGUCGAGUAUAGACUCCACUGCCGUCGAAGAAAAGUUGUUUGGCCAAGCGGAGGAAGACGAGGACGAGGACGGGGACGACGGACCCGUGGUCUUCAUCUGCGGGAAGUGCAAGCUGCCUGUCGGGGAUUCAAUGUCGUGGGAUGGAAGCGAAGACGGACAAAACCAAAUAAGACUGAAGCGGGUCACUGACAACGUCGUGGUUGGAGAAGACACUCGGCUGCAUGAAGCGACUAAACGAUCUCUCUGUCUGAUCGUGGAUCUGUUCUGUCGAGGCUGCCACUCUGUACUCGGAAUGGUUUACGCAUCGACGCCGAAGAACCUCGACCACAAGAGGUUUACGUUCUGUUUCAAUGUAGCAGACAUCGACAGCUACGUGCUUGGCUCUGCAAGCCAGAUGUUGGCAGCAGAGGGCCCCAAAGAGCAGCCAGUCACCCUGGAGUACAGAGGCGUUGUUGAACAACAGCUGACGGAGAUGAAAAUGCUGGUCAUGUCCAUGGCUCAGAGGCUGGAGGAGAUCGACGCCGGCCUUCAGGAUGGAUGCGAUGUGGCGUGAUGACGGUGACGGACGUCGGCUUGUCCGGGUGGGUGCUCUGUCCAGGUGUUGAACGUGACUCCUCGCCCCCUACCUUUUACAUUAAUGCGCCCUCUUCUAAGUUUCAUCUCAACCACAUUCCCUCAGUAAUACAUUUUGUCCUAGCCUCACCUUGUGCAGACACACACACACACACAGAGCUUCCACUCGGCUUGGUCCUGAUUACUGAUGGUGAAACAAAGACUGCCCGCAAAUGUAAUCAAUCAUGUUGUCAGUUUAGGGCUCCCAGGGCUCGUGGCACCGUCUUCUCCGUGUGCCUCCGCGGUGCAGAGCGAAUGUACGCUGUGAGCAGAAUGUUUAUUUGUGCAGGAUUUCAUCAGGCAGGCUGCACACUCGGCACACAACGGUGUAUUGAUCUGGCCACUCCAGGCCACACACACACUCUUUGUUCUCUUGCUCCAGCAUUGGAGCCUUGAAGGAUUCGCUGCAUGUAAUACUUUUCAUCGCCUUGUUGUGAACAACGUUUGAUCGUUAGUAAUGAAAAACAUGCUCCUCUAUUACUGGCUGCAUAUUAUUGUCUAUAUUUUCAAAUAUUGCCUGAAUUUCUUGUUCCACUGACUCAUCAUUUGUUCGUUUAAUUUUGGUGUUUGUUUAUUGUUGUGGAGUUUUCUUCUGAAUAUUUGUGUAAUAAAGUAUUCAAAGGUUUUCAGAAAUGCUGACGUUGUUAAAAAAAAAUGCAUUCCAAUAUUGUCAGUUUUCAAUAAAAGAUUAAACCCCAAUAAGAUAACUUUAAAGUGACAGGAUAAUCCUUUUAAAUGCUUCCUUUUCUUUGACUUGGUGCUGUGAGAC